ACUCAGGAACAUACUGUGAAGGCUUUUCAGUUUUUGCAUCAUAACAUUCAAAAAGAGGGUAAUUGAUUUUCCUUUGUGAAAAUAAAACUUCGACAGCAGACGGAAAACAAAAAGCAAAGAACACUUGUACCACAGCUACGCAUGCAAUGUACCUACAUGUCGAAUCAGAAACACAAUAAGUAAUUUUAAUCUGGCUUCUGAGCACCAAAAUAUGUCCUAACGGCAGGAAUGAAACGGCGAGCUGUUACAUAAUGACACAAGCAAGUACGCUGAAGCUAGACAACGGUUAUCUGGCUGCAAGUCAGUAGCAAGCAUGAGUGUGCGCAUUUUAAGAUGGUUGUGUUCAAGAGUGCUGCCUGGAUUUCAGCGCAGAAAAAACUGCAUUUUUGGACUUGAUGAUGUCAGAGGGACGAGGGACGUUCAUCUAGCAAAAUGGCUGUGCAGUGUGAAGAUAACCUGAGGCAGAUUAUGGCUAUUUCAUUUAACAGUUGUGCAGGGGUUUUGUUUUUCUAAUAUUGUACUGAUAAGGCAUCUCUGGGCUCGGCUUUUAUGUUUUGUCGCUUAGUAACAUUUCAGUUUCCUGGCUGUGGUCCUCAGCAUAUGAUUUAAAUCUGCUGCUUUCUUCCUUACUCUUUAUAGAUGACAGUCAUGUCUCCUGCAUCAGAGAGCCUUACGGACAGCUCCCACUUCCAGACUGUUCUCUGCUGCUUAAAUGACCAACGCAUCCAGGGCAUGUUCUGUGAUGUGACGAUUGUGGUGGAAGACAUCAAGUUCAAAGCCCACAAGAACGUGCUGGCGGCGUCCAGCUUCUAUUUCAAGAAUGCCUUCUCCUCUCAAGAAUUCUGGGUUUCAGGUCAGGUCCUGGAAUUGCUGGACCUCAAGUCGGACACAUUCGCGGGGAUCCUGAACUUCAUCUACAGCGCGAAGGUUGCCCUCACGGGCUCAGAAGAUGUCAAGCUGUUAGUGGCUGCUGGUAAGAAAUUAGGAAUUCCUUUUCUGGAAAACCUAGCGGGGCAGGAGAAGCGAUCUUCAAACCUUGAUGCAGUCCAGAAAGCGAGCCCUGACAGCACCCUCCUUUGCACCGAGUCCCACUCCUUGAAAAAGGAAACCCCUAACAGCUCCAACGAACCAAGAACUGAAGAAUCUGAGUGCGCAAGUGGGCCAAGGAUCACCAAUGCCUUCUCUAUUUUUGAGGCAGGGCCUAACGAUGAAUUGUUUUCCCCGCUUGACCUGAGGGCCAACGCAAAGAGGUCUCAGGAUCCUGAAAACGUCCCAGAGGGAUGUCCCACCCAAAGUGUGGGAGCUGCAGACUGCGAGCAGACCCAGGCUCUAUCAGAGCACUCUUAUGCUGCAAACCAGAUGCGCAAAACCACAGAGCAGAGUGAAACCGAACUGAACGACGGAAGGAAAGAAUCCUUUGUGCCCACAAGAGUACUUACAAAACCAAUGAUGAGCCUGAGCUGUAGUCCACUGAAAAAACGCCACAGACUCAGUAGCAACCUGAUUAAAACCACAGUUGUGCAAAGCAGCGAAAGCCCGCUGGCCUUCCCGAACACUACAGGUGGUCCUGUAGCAACAUCAGAAAGCCAAAAUGACCCUCCGAGUUCUGCAAUUGGCUCGCUGGCAGAAAACACACCUGCAAUGGAAACAAGCACUCCUGCACUCGAAACACUGACAGAUCCAAGUCAAAAUGUCGAUCGAUGUGAAUACUGCAACGAGACCUUCAGCAACAACGCGCUGUUUCACAUGCACAUACAGGUCCACAAAAAGAGAUUUGUCAGCCAUCUGUCUUGUAAGUUUUGUCGCAAGAAAUUCAUGCAUUUAAAGCGACUGCAUAAUCAUGAGCAAAUUUGCUCCAAGGCCCCGAUAUUGGAGUCUGAGCACGAAUCGAGCUGUGAUCAAGUAUUAAAGGGCUCCGAUGCAGAUAACAUAUCGAGCACAAAAGACAAUACACCCCCUACCUGCCAUGAAGGCAUCUCGGACAGUAACUCCAGAAGUUCUUUCCAAAUGGAGGCCAGUGAGACCCUGCAGCAGCUGCACCGCACCAUGAAAGUUGUCGGCGGGCACAGGACAUAUGUAUGUUGUGUGUGUAAGCGCUCAUACGUGACUUUAUCUAGCCUGAGGAGACACGAAAACGUCCACUCAUGGCAGAGGACAUACCCGUGUCAUUACUGCAAUAAAGUCUUUGCCUUGGCCGAAUAUCGUACAAAACAUGAAAUCUGGCACACAGGAGAGAGGCGCUACCAGUGCAUUUUCUGCCUGGAGACGUUCAUGACGUAUUAUAUCUUGAAAAACCACCAAAAAUCUUUCCAUGGAAUUGACCCGCGGUUAGCUGUGAAUAAGAAGUCAUCGAACGGAGGCUUCAAAAGUAGCAUUUACCCAAUUAAGCUCUACAGACUUCUGCCCAUGAAGUUCAGAAAAAGGCAGUAUAAAACAUACAGCCAAACGUUUGCCGAGAGCACAGAGUGCAACAGCCAAGCCUUUCCAGUUUCUGUAGCUGAGAGUUCCCAGAAUUCCUUGAACUGCAGAUCACCCUCAUCUGGCUUUGAGGAAAACAUCCUCAUGAGCGGAACAGAAGGUGGUUGUGUGGGACAGCCACUAUUUUCAAUGCCAGUGACCUUCAUGGCCACUCCAAAGGUUGUUGCCUCAGUGGCACCUCAUAUUACAUUCGAUCACACAGGAGGAACUCAACCGAUAUCUCUCGAAGCAGACACGUGCCCACAGAAAACGGUGAAUUCAACCUCUCACGACACACAGGUGUUUGAUGGGAUGGCAAGCAACAACAACAAUAAGGGAUCUUCCAUCACCAGCUAUGGGUCUAAAGUUCCUUCUGUUAUAAUGCAGACCAGACCGGCGUCUGUCAUUGUCUGUGGCAACGAUGCAGGCUCUAUAGCAGCUCAUAACAACAAUGAUGAUGGCAGCCCCAUGCCAUUCCUAGAAAUGAACACUGCCAGCUUGCCAGGAUCGAACAACGAUAAAGGUCAAGGAGGAGCACGCUUGGAAGGAUUGUCAGCUGUGCAAGGCACAGAGACUGCAGUAAGCCAGGUAUCGCAGCCAGCUUACAGUGUCGCUUCUGACAGAACUGCAAGUGCUCACUGCAUGGGAAGCAAAACCGAAACGUACAUUGCGAAGCCAGCGUGCCCGGGCCCUUCUCUUGACAGCCAGGUCCCUCCUCUCUGCCAGAUCACGGUGAAAAUCGGGGACGAGGCCAUCAUUCGCAGGAGAAUAAAGGGGACGAAACUCUUUCAAAGGAAGAGGAAGAAGUGCAAGCAGAAUCACCUGCCUGACGAGGAUCGGAGCGCUCUCACAGGGCCCAAAGAAAAGACUGGCAAGAAUGUCUGUCUGCGCUCCAGGACAGAUGUGACUCCCAUUAUAGAGCCCGAGCCGUACGACGAUAUGACCGAUCGUGACACCGGUGACAAACUGUGGCGUCCUUAUUACUCCUACAAACCGAAAAAGAAGCCCAAAGGGGCAAACAAACCGAGAUCCAAGCACAGGCGGAGAGGCAGGAGGGGCAGGACACCUGGAAGGAGCUCGAGAUCCAGUGAAAAAACAUCAGAUCCAGCCGGUGCAGACCACUACCUGGACACAAGUUCCAAUGCACAUGGCAGCAUCUCGUCGGACAUGACAGGAAAUGGAAAGCACCUUAGAAAGAGCAUCCACAAAGAUGCCUACUCCUGUGACAUUUGCAAAAGUCUCUUCUCCAGCUUGUCCACUCUGAGGACGCACAUAAUUAGCUGCCGCCCCAGUGAGCCGCUAUAUGUCUGUAAAACGUGUGGGAAGCGCUGCCCUUCCAGUGAGGUGCAGAGUGCAGACAGCCCCUACCUGCACGGUGACAGAGACUUUGCCUGCAAGAACUGCAUGGAGGAUGGCUCUUGCUUCAACAACACCUUUAAGAACCACAACACAGAGAAGCGCUACCGCUGCUCCUUCUGCCCACAGCGCUUCCUGUACCUGGCCACCAAGAAGAGCCAUGAGAAGAAGCACGUGGAGCAGCCUGGAAAGGGAUACAACUGCUACUACUGCCCGAAGGUGUGCAAGUCUUCAGCCACCCUGGAAAUACACACAAGAAAGCAUUGCAUUAAGACUGAAGAGGAGGAGGUGGAUGAUAAACAAUCAGCCAAAUUGCUCUGCAGCAUUUCUAGCGUAAGAGAAGGGCUGAAAACGCGGAUGUCAGAGAACAGUGACACGGAUAUAGCCGUAGCCCCAAAACUUGAAGAUCAGAGUGAAGUAAGCAGCAAUGGGCACUUCCAGGAAUGUAAGAGACCAGAAAUCAAGAGUUUCAUAUCACCUCAGCCUGAGGACGCAUUAUCUUUCCCAGGGUCACCAACACCGGUGCCACUGAUCAAAGCCUGGAACAGCAACCCAGGGUUCCAGGAGCACGCCAGAGGUCAGCACUCGGAAAGUGACGAAGAGCAGAGGCAGAGGCACGGUUUCCUGACGGGAGGGUCAGACCCUGACUCCUGCCUUCCGCUUGUGGGCCACAAGAGCCGUCAGAGCAACUCGGAGCCCUUUCCGCCUUCACGCACUGUGAUGCCCGUACUCCUCAGCAGCACACGGACGGACGGACGAAAAGCAGAGUGCAAGCAAUUCUGCAAAGAAGAAAUGUCCUUUUCAGCCAAUUACUGACAAAACUUAAAUGCACAGAAAAAAAAAAAUCGAAAAGGCCAGUAUUGCAAACAUGGAACUUAGACAUAUAUAAUGUGAAAUGAGGACUCUGAAAUACACCAUUUCCUCACAGUCGCGGAAGACCAGGUAGUCAGAGAUCUCACACAUCUUCUGGACUGUACAGUUGUCCGUACCUUUGAUAAAUAGUUUUUCUUGAUAAGCGGCUGCUUUUCCUAGAGGCACAAGAAUUCUUUCCCAGACUGAAAUGAACGUGUACAAAAACAAACAGAAAAAAACAACAAAACAAACUACCCCUGCCUCUACCUGGAUACUUAUGUCUUGUAAAUGUUUAGCAAAAAACAAAAUAUUUUUCUUCACUCUGCAAAUAAACGUUUGGUAGUUUUUCAUA